GGAGGACCGGAGCCAAGGCCACUCAGAGCUGGGACAGCCAGCAGGGACAGCCAGCAACACAGGACCUCUGCACCUCACAGGGGCUGCACCUGAAGAUCCACAAGAGGAGGCCUGGCAACCAACACACACGUCCAUCCCUGAAGCCAGUGGUCACGUCUUUACUGUCUCCCACGACUCUGGGUGGGCAAGAGCUCCCACGUUGGUCAUUAUGAGCUCCAUAGCUGGCACCACUGUCACCUCUGGCCCACAAGCUCCCCCCAAGCCAAGCGCCAAGUCUAUUUAUGAGCAAAGGAAGCGAUACUCCACCGUGGUGAUGGCUGAUGUGUCCCAGUACCAGGUCAAUCACCUGGUGACCUUCUGCCUGGGCGAGGAGGACGGCGUGCACACGGUGGAGGACGCGUCCAGGAAGUUGGCAGUCAUGGACAGCCAGGGCCGCAUCUGGACCCAAGAGAUGCUGCUGCGUGUGUCCCCCGGCCAUGUCACGCUGCUGGACCCGAGCUCCAAGGAGGAGCUGGAGUCCUACCCCCUCGGCGCCAUCGUGCGCUGCGAUGCGGUGACGCCCCCGGGCCGGAGCCGCUCUUUGCUGCUGCUAGUGUGCCAGGAGCCCGAUCGCGCGCAGCCCGACGUGCACUUCUUCCAGGGCCUACGUCUUGGGGCGGAGCUAAUCCGAGAGGACAUCCAGGGAGCUCUACACAGUUACCGCUCCGGACGCGGUGAGCGCAGGGCAGCGGCGCUCAGGGCUGCGGAGGAGGAGCUACAGCGCGGGACCGUGCCCGCCGCCCAAACCCCGCCCCUGCUGCGCCGCCCGUCGGUCCGCGCGGUGAUCAGCUCGGUCUCGAUGAUCGCGGAUCGCCGGGCGCCCCCGGUGCAACCCAUCCCCGAGACGGAAGAAGGGCGGCCAGGCCCAGCGAGUGCAGCAAGCAGCACGGACCCUAAGAGUCCGGACCUGGGACCGCGAGGCCCGGAGCUGGCGGGUCUGCAGGCGGAGCGAGAAGUGGACAUCCUGAACCACGUGUUUGAGGACGUGGAGACCUUCGUGUCAAGGCUGCAGAAGUCUGCAGAGGCCACCCGCGUGUUGGAGCACCGGGAGCGUGGCCGCAGGACCCGGCGGCGGACAGCUGGGGAGGGCCUGCUGACGCUGCGGGCCAAGCCACCCUCGGAGGCCGAGUACAUAGAUGUGCUUCAGAAAAUCAAAUACGCCUUCAGCCUGCUGGCCCGGCUUCGCAACAACAUUGCCAACCCAUCUUCCCCGGAGCUGCUGCACUUUCUGUUCGGGCCACUGCAGAUGAUCGUGAACACGUCUGGGGGCCCCGAAUUCGCCAGCAGCGUGCGGCAGCCACACUUGACAUCAGAGGCAGUGACACUGCUGCGAGACAAUGUGACUCCUCUGGAAAAUGCACUGUGGACCUCGCUUGGGGACUCCUGGACAUGCCCAGGGCUGGAGCUGCCCCCAGAUGAGGGACCUGCUUAUAGCCUAGAGUUUUACAGUGGCUGGGAGCCACCGGUCAACGACCCUCAGGGCCGCCGUUGGGAGGAUCCCGUGGAGAGGCAGCUCCAACAUGAGCGAUGGCGCCAGCAGCAAAGCGCACCCCAGGUCGCUGUAAAUGGUCACCAAGAGCCGGAGCCAGAGCCGAAACCAGCGGGAAAGUGGGUGCUCUGCAAUUAUAACUUCCAGGCCCGCAACAGCAGUGAACUGUCCGUGAAGCAGCGAGCCCUGCUGGAGGUCCUGGACGACAGGCGCAAGUGGUGGAAGGUGCGGGAUCAACAGGGCCAGGAGGGAUACGUACCCUAUAAUAUCCUCACACCGCACCCCGGACCCCACCUAGUGUGCAGCCAGAGCCCUGCACGCAGCCUGGAGAACAUCGCCCCUCCUCCUCCCGAUCCCCCAGCCCCGGCCCUGGCCCGGCCCCACUGGGAUAGCUGCGACAGCCUCAUCAACCUGGACCCCAGCGAGAAGGAGAAAUUUUCCCAGAUGCUGAGCGUGAACGAGGAGCUGCAGACGCGCCUGGCCCAGGGGCGCUCGGGUCCCAGCCGCACAGCCGCGGGGCCCCGCGUCUCCUCGGAGCUGCUGCUCAGCCCACGCUCAGAAGCCGCUGGGGUCCGAGCCUGGCUGCGGGCCAAGGGGUUCAGCGCUGAGACUGUGGACGCUCUGGGCGUGCUGACCGGUGCCCAGCUCUUUUCGCUACAGAAGGAGGAGCUGCGGGCGGUGAGCCCCCAGGAGGGCGCACGUGUGCACAGCCAGCUCACGGUGCAGCGCGCACUGCUGGAGCAGGACAGAGAGAAAGUGUCUGAGCUGGAGGCGGUCAUGGAGAAGCAGAAGAAGAAGGUGGAAAAUGAGAUGAGAGCGGAGGUCAUUUGACCCUUCCCGGCCCCUUCGCCAAACGUAACCACGAAGGCGGGGUCACCCGCCUCGCGGGACCACAGACUAAAAUCCUGGAGGAGCACUGAGCCGGCCCAGCCCCGCGCACACGCGCGGUCCUGCUGGAGUCAAGUCGCAGUCGCGGGUGGCCGGAUUGGUGCGGGGCUCAGAGCCCACUGUCGAGCGCUCACCGGCCCCUGCGGGGACCCGGAAACCCUGUGCCUUGUGAUGGGUACUGCCCAGCCUAUAAACAGCCUCCUUUCA